AUGAAAGCACAAGCAGAAGAAGCGCAAGCAGAGGAAGCACAAGAAGAGGAAGCCCACUCAGAGGAAGCACAAUCAGAGGAAGCGCAAGCAGAGGAAGCGCAAGCAGAGGAAGCACAAGCAGAGGAAGCACAAGCAGAGGAAGCGCAAGCAGAGGAAGCACAAGCAGAGGAAGCGCAAGCAGAGGAAGCGCAAGCAGAGGAAGCACAAGCAGAGGAUGCGCAAGUAGAGGAAGCACAAGCAGAGGAGCCUAAGCAGAGGAAGCGCAAGCAGAGGAAGCGCAAGCAGAGGAAGUGCAAUCUGGGAAGCCUAAGCAGAAGAAGCGCAAGCACAGGAAGCACAAGCAGAGGAAGCACAAGCAGAGAAGCGCAAGCAGAGGAAGGGCAAGCAGAGGAAACGCAAGCAGAGGAAGCACAAGGAGAGGAAGCGCAAGAAGAAGAAGCACAAGAAGAGGAAGCACAAGCAGAAGAAGCACAAGAAGAGGAAGCACAAGCGGAGAAAGCACAAGCAAUGAAAGCACAAGCAGAAGAAGCGCAAGCAGAGGAAGCACAAGAAGAGGAAGCGCACUCGGAGGAAGCACAAUCAGAGGAAGCGCAAGCAGAGGAAGCGCAAGCAGAAGAAGCACAAGCAAAGGAAGCACAAGCAGAGGAAGCGAAUGCAGAGGAAGCACAAGCAGAAGAUGCGCAAGUAGAGGAAGCACAAGGAGAGGAAGCACAACUUUCUCUGCUUGUGCUCCUCUGCUUGUGCCUCCUCUGCUUGUGCUUCCUUUGCUUGCGCUUCCUCUGCUUGCGCUUCCUCUGCUUGUGCUUCCUCUUCUUGUGCUUCCUCUGCUUGAGCUUCCUCUGCUUGUGCUUCCUCUGCUUGCGCUUCCUCUACUUGUGCUACCUCUGCUUGUGCUUCCUUUGCUUGAGCUUCCUCUGCUUUUGCUUCCUCUGCUUGCGCUUCCUCUGCUUGCGCUCCUCUGCUUGUGCUUCGUCUGCUUUCGCUUCCUCUGCUUGCGCUUCCUCUGCUUGCGCUUCCUCUGCUUACGCUUCCUGUGCUUGCGCUUCCUCUGCUUGCGCUUUCUCCGCUUACACUUCCUCUGCUUGCGCUCCUCUGCUUGUGCUUCCUCUGCCUGUGCUUCCUCUACUUGCGCUUCCUUUGCUUGUGAUUCCUCUGCUUGCGCUUCCUUUGCUUGCACUUCCUCUGCUUGCGCUCCUCUGCUUGUGCUUCCUCUACUUGUGCUUCCUCUCCUUGCGCUUCCUCUGCUUGCGCUUCCUUUGCUUGCGCUUCCUCUGCUUGUGCUUCCUCUUCUUGCGCUUCCUUUUCUUGUGCUUCCUCGGCUUGCGCUUCCUUUGCUUGUGCUUCCUCUUCUUGUGCUUCCUCUGCUUGAGCUUACUCUGCUUGUGCUUCCUUUGCUUGUGCUUCCUCUGCUUGUGCUUCCUUUGCUUGAGCUUCCUGUGCUUUUGCUUCCUCUGCUUGCGCUUCCUUUGCUUGCGCUCCUCUGCUUGUGCUUUGUCUGCUUGCGCUAUCUCUGCUUGCACUUCCUCUGCUUGCGCUUCCUCUGCUUACGCUUCCUAUGCUUGCGCUUCCUCUGCUUGCGCUUUCUCUGCUUACACUUCCUCUGCUUGCGCUCCUUUGCUUGUGCUUCCUCUGCUUGUGCUUCCUCUGCUUGCGCUUCCUUUGCUUGUGAUUCCUCUGCUUGCGCUUCCUCUGCUUAUGCUUCCUUUGCUUGCACUUCAACUGCUUGCGCUCCUCUACUUGUGCUUCCUCUGCUUGUGCUUCCUCUCCUUGCGCUUCCUCUGCUUGCGCUUCCUCUGCUUGCGCUCCUCUGCUUGUGCUUCCUCUGCUUGUCUUCCUUUGCUUGUGCUUCCUUUGCUUGUGCCUCCUCUGCUUGCGCUUCCUCUGCUUUUGCAUCGUCUACUUGUGCUUCCUUUGCUUGAGCUUCCUCUACUUUUGCUUCCUCCGCUUGCGCUUCCUCUGAUUGCGCUCCUCUGCUUGUGCUUCCUCUGCUUGUGCUUCCUCUGCUUGCGCUUCCUCUUCUUGCGCUUCCUCUGCUUACGCUUCCUCUACUUGCGCUUCCUCUGCUUGCGCUUCCUCUUCUUACACUUCCUCUGCUUGCGCUCCUCUACUUGUGCUUCCUCUGCUUGUGCUUCCUCUGCUUGGGCUUCCUUUGCUUGUGAUUCCUCUGCUUGCGCUUCCUCUUCUUGUGCUUCCUCUGCUUGCACUUCCUCUGCUUGCGCUCCUCUGCUUGUGCUUCCUCUGCUUGCGCUCCUCUGCUUGUGCUUCCUCUGCCUGUGCUUCCUCUCGUUGCGCUUCCUCCGCUUGUGCUUCCUCUGUUUGCACUCCUCUGCUUGUGCUUCCUCUGCUUGUGCUUCGUCUGCUUGCUCUUCCUCUUCUUGUGCUUCCUCUGCUUGCGCUUCCUCUGCUUGUGCUUCCUCUGCUUACGCUUGCUCUGCUUGUGCUUUCUCUGCUUGUGCUUCCUCUACUUGUGCUUCCUCUGCUUGCGCUUCCUCUCCUUGCGCUUCCUGUGCUUGCACUUCCUCUGCUUGCGCUCCUCUGCUUGUGCUUCCUCUGCUUGCGCUUCCUUUGCUUGUGCUUUCUCUGCUUGUGCUUCCUCUACUUGUGCUUCCUCUGCUUGCGCUUCCUCUCCUUGCGCUUCCUGUGCUUGCACUUCCUCUGCUUGCGCUCCUCUGCUUGUGCCUCCUCUGCUUGCGCUUAGUCUGCUUGUGCUUCCUUUGCUUGAGCUUCCUCUCCUUACGCUUCCUCCACUUGCGCUUCCUCUGCUUGCGCUUCCUCUGCUUACACUUCCUCUGCUUGCGCUCCUCUGCUUGUGCUUCCUCUACUUGUGCUUCCUCUGCUUGCGCAUCCUUUGCUUGUGAUUCCUCUGCUUGCACUUCCUCUCCUUGUACUUCCUCUGCUUGCACUUCCUCUACUUACGCUCCUCUGCUUGUGCUUCCUCUGCUUGUGCUUCCUCUCCUUGCGCUUCCUCUGCUUGCGCUUCCUCUGCUUGCACUCCUCUGCUUGUGCUUCCUCUGCUUGUGCUUCGUCUGCUUGCUCUUCCUCUUCUUGUGCUUCCUCUUCUUGUGCUUCCUUUGCUUGUGCUUCCUCUGCUUGCGCUUCCUCUUCUUCUUCCUGUGCUUUUGCUUCCUCUGCUUGCGCUUCCUCUGCUUGCGCUCCUCUGCUUGUGCUUCGUCUGCUUGUGCUUCCUCUUCUUGCACUUCCUCUGCUUGCGCUUCCUCUGCUUACGCUUCCUGUGCUUGCGCUUCCUCUGCUUCCGCUUUCUCUGCUUACACUUCCUCUGCUUGCGCUUCCUCUGCUUGCACUUCCUCUGCUUACGCUUCCUCUACUUGCGCUUCCUCUGCUUGCGCUUCCUCUGCUUACACUUCCUCUGCUUGCGCUCCUGUGCUUGUGCUUAGUCUGCUUGUGCUUCCUCUGCUUGGGCUUCCUUUGCUUGUGAUUCCUCUGCUUGCGCUUCCUCUUCUUGUGCUUCCUCUGCUUGCACUUCCUCUGCUUGCGCUCCUCUGCUUGUGCUUCCUCUGCUUGUGCUUCCUCUCGUUGCGCUUCCUCUGCUUGUGCUUCCUCUGCUUGCACUCCUCUUCCUGUGCUUCCUCUGCUUGUGCUUCGUCUGCUUGCUCUUCCUCUUCUUGUGCUUCCUCUUCUUGUGCUUCCUUUGCUUGUACUUCCUCUGCUUGCGCUUCCUCUGCUUGUGCUUCCUCUGCUUGCGCUUGCUCUGCUUGUGCUUUCUCUGCUUGUUCUUCCUCUACUUGUGCUACCUCUGCUUGCGCUUCCUCUCCUUGGGCUUCCUGUGCUUGCACUUCCUCUGCUUGCGCUCCUCUGCUUGUGCUUCCUCUGCUUGCGCUUCCUCUACUUGUGCUUUCUCUGCUUGUGCUUCCUCUACUUGUGCUUCCUCUGCUUGCGCUUCCUCUCCUUGCGCUUUCUGUGCUUGCACUUCCUCUUCUUGCGCUCCUCUGCUUGUGCCUCCUCUGCUUGCGCUUAGUUUGCUUGUGCUUCCUUUGCUUGAGCUUCCUCUGCUUUUGCUUCCUCUGCUUGCGCUUCCUCUGCUUGCGCUCCUCUGCUUGUGUUUCCUCUGCUUGUGCUUCCUCUGCUUGCGCUUCCUCUGCUUGCGCUUCCUCUGCUUACGCUUCCUCUACUUGCGCUUCCUCUGCUUGCGCUUCCUCUGCUUACACUUCCUCUGCUUGGGCUCCUCUGCUUGUGCUUCCUCUGCUUGUGCUUCCUCUGCUUGAGCUUCCUUUGCUUGUGAUUCCUCUGCUUGCACUUCCUCUGCUUGUACUUCCUCAGCUUGCACUUCCUCUGCUUGCGCUCCUCUGCUUGUGCUUCCUCUGCUUGUGCUUCCUCUCCUUGCGCUUCCUCUGCUUGCGCUUCCUCUGCUUGCACUCCUCUGCUUGUGCUUCCUCUGCUUGUGCUUCGUCUGCUUGCUCUUCCUCUUCUUGUGCUUCCUCUUCUUGUGCUUCCUUUGCUUUUGCUUCCUCUGCUUGCGCUUCCUCUUCUUGUGCUUCCUCUGCUUGCGCUUCCUCUGCUUGUGCUUUCUCUGCUUGUGCUUCCUCUACUUGUGCUUCCUCUGCUUGCGCUUCCUCUCCUUGCGCUUUCCGUGCUUGCAAUUCCUCUGCUUGCGUUCCUCUGCUUGUGCUUCCUCUUCUUGUGCUUCCUCUGCUUGAGCUUCCUCUGCUUGUGCUUCCUCUGCUUGUUCUUCCUCUGCUUGUGCUUCCUUUGCUUGAGCUUCCUGUGCUUUUGCUUCCUCUGCUUGCGCUUCCUCUACUUGCGCUCCUCUGCUUGUGCUUCGUCUGCUUGCGCUUCCUCUGCUUGCGCUUCCUCUGCUUACGCUUCCUCUUCCUCUGCUUUUGCUUCCUCUGCUUGCGCUUCCUCUGCUUGCGCUCCUCUGCUUGUGCUUCCUCUGCUUGUGCUUCCUCUGCUUGCGCUUCCUCUGCUUGCGCUUCCUCUUCUUACGCUUCCUCUACUUGCGCUUCCUCUGCUUGCGCUUCCUCUGCUAACACUUCCUCUGCUUGCGCUCCUCUGCUUGUGCUUCCUCUGCUUGUGCUUCCUCUGCUUGCGCUUCCUUGGCUUGUGAUUCCUGUGCUUGCGCUUCCUCCGUUUGUGCUUCCUCUGCUUGCACUUCCUCUGCCUCCGCUCCUCUGCUUGCGCUUCCUCUCCUUGCGCUUCGUGUGCUUGCACUUCCUCUGCUUGCGCUCCUCUGCUUAUGCUUCCUCUGCUUGCGCUUCCUCUGCUUGUGCUUCCUCUGCUUGCACUUCCUAUGCUUCUGCUUCCUCUGCUUGGGCUCCUCUGCUUGUGCUUCCACUGCUUGUGCUUCCUCUGCUUGCGCUUCCUUUUCUUGUGCUUCCUCUGCUUUUGUGCUUCCGCUACUUGUGCUUCCUCUGCUUGUGCUUCUUAUACUUGCGCUUCCUCUGCUUGCGCUUCCUCUCCUUGCGCUUCCUGUGCUUACGCUUCCUCUGCUUGCGCUCCUCUGCUUGUGCUUCCUCUGCUUGUGCUUCCUCUGCUUGUGCUUCCUCUGCUUGCGUUUCCUCUGCUUGUGCUUCCUCUGCUUGCACUUCCUAUGCUUCUACUUCCUCUGCUUGGGCUCCUCUGCUUGUGCUUCCACUGCUUGUGCUUCUUCUGCUUGCGCUUCCUGUGCUUGUGCUUCCUUUGCUUGUGCUUCCUCUGCUUGCACUUCCUCUGCUUGCGCUUCCUCUGCUUGCGCUCCUCUGCUUUUGCUUCCUCUGCUUGUGCUUCCUCUGCUUGCGCUUACUCUUGUUGUGCUUCCACUACUUGUGCUUCCUCUGGUUGUGCUUCCUCUACUUGCGCUUCCUCUCCUUUCGAUUCCUCUCCUUGCGCUUCCUGUGCUUACGCUUCCUCUGCUUGCGCUCCUCUGCCUGUGUUUCCUCUGCUUGUGCUUCCUCUGCUUGUGCUUCCUCUGCUUGUGCUUCCUCUGCUUGUGCUUCCUCUGCUUGUGCUUCCUCUCCUUGCGCUUCCUCUGCUUGCGCUUCCUCUGCUUGCACUCCUCUGCUUGUACUUCCUUUGCUUGUGCUUCGUCUGCUUGCUCUUCCUCUUCUUGUGCUUCCUCUUCUUGUGCUUCCUUUGCUUGUGCUUCCUCUCCUUGCGCUUCCUCUUCCUCUGCUUUUGCUUCCUCUGCUUGCGCUUCCUCUUCUUGUGCUCCUCUGCUUUUGCUUCCUCUGCUUGUGCUUCCUCUGCUUGCGCUUCCUCUGCUUGCGCUUCCUCUGCUUACCCUUCCUCUGCUUGCGCUUCCUCUCCUUGCGCUUCGUCUGCUUACCCUUCCUCUGCUUGCGCUCCUCUGCUUGUGCUUCCUCUUCUUGUGCUUCCUCUGCUUGCGCUUCCUUUGCUUGUGAUUCCUCUGCUUGCGCUUCCUCUGCUUGUGCUUCCUCUGCUUGCACUUCCUCUACUUGCGCUCCUCUGCUUGUGCUUCCUCUGCUUGUGCUUCCUCUUCUUGCGCUUCCUCUGCUUGCGCUUCCUCUGCUUGCACUCCUUUGCUUGUACUUCCUUGCUUUUGCUUCGUCUGCUUGCUCUUCCUCUUCUUGUGCUUCCUCUUCUUGUGCUUCUUUUGCUUGUGCUUCCUUUGCUUGCGCUUCCUCUGCUUGUGCUUUCUCUACUUGUGCUUCCUCUACUUGUGCUUCCUCUGCUUGCGCUUCCUCUCCUUGCACUUCCUAUGCUUGCACUUCCUCUGAUUGCGCUCCUCUGCUUGUGCUUCCUCUGCUUGUGCUUCUUGUGCUUGCGCUUCCUCUGCUUGUGCUUCCUCUGCUUGCGCUUCUUGUGCUUGUGCUUCCUCUGCUUGUGCUUCCUCUCCUUGCGCUUCCUCUGCUUGCGCUUCCUCUGCUUGCGCUCCUCUGCUUGUGCUUCCUCUGCUUGUGCUUCGUCUACUUGCGCUAUUUCUGCUUGUGCUUCCUCUUAUUGCGCUUCCUUUGCUUCUGCUUCAUCUGCUUGCGCUUCCUCUGCUUGUGCUUCCUCUUCUUGUGCUUCCUCUGCUUGAGCUUCCUUUGCUUGUGCUUCCUUUGCUUGUGCCUCCUCUGCUUGCGCUUCCUCUGCUUUUGCUUCGUCUGCUUGUGCUUCCUUUGCUUGAGCUUCCUCUGCUUUUCCUUCCUCCGCUUGCGCUUCCUCUGCUUGCGCUCCUCUGCUUGUGCUUCCUCUGCUUGUGCUUCCUCUGCUUGCGCUUCCUCUUCUUGCGCUUCCUCUGCUUACGCUUCCUCUACUUGCGCUUCCUCUGCUUGCGCUUCCUUUGCUUACACUUCCUCUGCUUGCGCUCCUCUGCUUGUGCUUCCUCUGCUUGUGCUUCCUCUGCUUGGGCUUCCUUUGCUUGUGAUUCCUCUGCUUGCGCUUCCUCUUCUUGUGCUUCCUCUGCUUGCACUUCCUCUGCUUGCGCUCCUCUGCUUGUGCUUCCUCUGCUUGUGCUUCCUCUCGUUGCGCUUCCUCCGCUUGUGCUUCCUCUGUUUGCACUCCUCUGCUUGUGCUUCCUCUGCUUGUGCUUCGUCUGCUUGCUCUUCCUCUUCUUGUGCUUCCUCUUCUUGUGCUUCCUUUGCUUGUGCUUCCUCUGCUUGCGCUUCCUCUGCUUGUGCUUCCUCUGCUUGCGCUUGCUCUGCUUGUGCUUUCUCUGCUUGUGCUUCCUCUACUUGUGCUUCCUCUGCUUGCGCUUCCUCUCCUUGCGCUUCCUGUGCUUGCACUUCCUCUGCUUGCGCUCCUCUGCUUGUGCUUCCUCUACUUGCGCUUCCUUUGCUUGUGCUUUCUCUGCUUGUGCUUCCUCUACUUGUGCUUCCUCUGCUUGCGCUUCCUCUCCUUGCGCUUCCUGUGCUUGCACUUCCUCUGCUUGCGCUCCUCUGCUUGUGCCUCCUCUGCUUGCGCUUAGUCUGCUUGUGCUUCCUUUGCUUGAGCUUCCUCUGCUUUUGCUUCCUCUGCUUGCGCUUCCUCUGCUUGCGCUCCUCUGCUUGUGCUUCCUCUGCUUGUGCUUCGUCUGCUUGCUCUUCCUCUUCUUGUGCUUCCUCUUCUUGUGCUUUCUUUGCUUUUGCUUCCUCUGCUUGCGCUUCCUCUUCUUGUGCUUCCUCUGCUUGCGCUUCCUCUGCUUGUGCUUUCUUUGCUUGCGCUUCCUCUCCUUGCGCUUCCCGUGCUUGCAAUCCCUCUGCUUGCGUUCCUCUGCUUGUGCUUCCUCUUCUUGUGCUUCCUCUGCUUGAGCUUCCUCUGCUUGUGCUUCCUCUGCUUGUUCUUCCUCUGCUUGUGCUUCCUUUGCUUGAGCUUCCUGUGCUUUUGCUUCCUCUGCUUGCGCUUCCUCUACUUGCGCUCCUCUGCUUGUGCUUCGUCUGCUUGCGCUUCCUCUGCUUGCACUUCCUCUUCCUCUGCUUUUGCUUCCUCUACUUGCGCUUCCUCUGCUUGCGCUCCUCUGCUUGUGCUUCCUCUGCUUGUGCUUCCUCUGCUUGCGCUUCCUCUGCUUGCGCUUCCUCUUCUUACGCUUCCUCUACUUGCGCUUCCUCUGCUUGCGCUUCCUCUGCUAACACUUCCUCUGCUUGCGCUCCUCUGCUUGUGCUUCCUCUGCUUGUGCUUCCUCUGCUUGCGCUUCCUUGGCUUGUGAUUCCUGUGCUUGCGCUUCCUCCGCUUGUGCUUCCUCUGCUUGCACUUCCUCUGCCUCCGCUCCUCUGCUUGCGCUUCCUCUCCUUGCGCUUCCUGUGCUUGCACUUCCUCUGCUUGCGCUCCUCUGCUUAUGCUUCCUCUGCUUGCGCUUCCUCUGCUUGUGCUUCCUCUGCUUGCACUUCCUAUGCUUCUGCUUCCUCUGCUUGGGCUCCUCUGCUUGUGCUUCCACUGAUUGUGCUUCCUCUGCUUGCGCUUCCUUUGUACUUCCGCUACUUGUGCUUCCUCUGCUUGUGCUUCUUAUACUUGCGCUUCCUCUGCUUGCGCUUCCUCUCCUUGCGCUUCCUGUGCUUACGCUUCCUCUGCUUGCGCUCCUCUGCUUGUGCUUCCUCUGCUUGUGCUUCCUCUGCUUGUGCUUCCUCUGCUUGCGUUUCCUCUGCUUGUGCUUCCUCUGCUUGCACUCCCUAUGCUUCUGCUUCCUCUGCUUGGGCUCCUCUGCUUGUGCUUCCACUGCUUGUGCUUCUUCUGCUUGCGCUUCCUGUGCUUGUGCUUCCUUUGCUUGUGCUUCCUCUGCUUGCACUUCCUCUGCUUGCGCUUCCUCUGCUUGCGCUCCUCUGCUUUUGCUUCCUCUGCUUGUGCUUCCUCUGCUUGCGCUUACUCUUGUUGUGCUUCCACUACUUGUGCUUCCUCUGCUUGUGCUUCCUCUACUUGCGCUUCCUCUCCUUGCGAUUCCUCUCCUUGCGCUUCCUGUGCUUACGCUUCCUCUGCUUGCGCUCCUCUGCUUGUGUUUCCUCUGCUUGUGCUUCCUCAGCUUGUGCUUCCUCUGCUUGUGCUUCCUCUGCUUGUGCUUCCUCUGCUUGUGCUUCCUCUCCUUGCGCUUCCUCUGCUUGCGCUUCCUCUGCUUGCACUCCUCUGCUUGUACUUCCUUUGCUUGUGCUUCGUCUGCUUGCUCUUCCUCUUCUUGUGCUUCCUCUUCUUGUGCUUCCUUUGCUUGUGCUUCCUCUCCUUGCGCUUCCUGUGCUUACGCUUCCUCUGCUUGCGCUCCUCUGCUUGUGCUUCCUCUGCUUGUGCUUCCUCUGCUUGCGCUUCCUCUGCUUGUGCUUCGUCUGCUUGUGCUUCCUUUGCUUAAGCUUCCUCUGCUUUUGCUUCCUCUGCUUGCGCUUCCUCUUCUUGUGCUCCUCUGCUUUUGCUUCCUCUGCUUGUGCUUCCUCUGCUUGCGCUUCCUCUGCUUGCGCUUCCUCUGCUUACCCUUCCUCUGCUUGCGCUUCCUCUGCUUGCGCUUCGUCUGCUUACCCUUCCUCUGCUUGCGCUCCUCUGCUUGUGCUUCCUCUUCUUGUGCUUCCUCUGCUUGCGCUUCCUUUGCUUGUGAUUCCUCUGCUUGCGCUUCCUCUGCUUGUGCUUCCUCGGCUUGCACUUCCUCUACUUGCGCUCCUCUGCUUGUGCUUCCUCUGCUUGUGCUUCCUCUCCUUGCGCUUCCUCUACUUGCGCUUCCUCUGCUUGCACUCCUCUGCUUGUACUUCCUUGCUUUUACUUCGUCUUCUUGCUCUUCCUCUUCUUGUGCUUCCUCUUCUUGUGCUUCUUUUGCUUGUGCUUCCUUUGCUUGCGCUUCCUCUGCUUGUGCUUUCUCUACUUGUGCUUCCUCUACUUGUGCUUCCUCUGCUUGCGCUUCCUCUCCUUGCACUUCCUAUGCUUGCACUUCCUCUGGUGCGCUCCUCUGCUUGUGCUUCCUCUGCUUGUGCUUCUUCUGCUUGCGCUUCCUCUGCUUGUGCUUCCUCUGCUUGCGCUUCCUGUGCUUGUGCUUCCUCUGCUUGUGCUUCCUCUCCUUGCGCUUCCUCUGCUUGCGCUUCCUCUGCUUGCGCUCCUCUGCUUGUGCUUCCUCUGCUUGUGCUUCGUCUGCUUGCGCUAUUUCUGCUUGUGCUUCCUCUUAUUGCGCUUCCUUUGCUUCUGCUUCAUCUGCUUGCGCUUCCUCUGCUUGUGCUUCCUCUUCUUGUGCUUCCUCUGCUUGAGCUUCCUUUGCUUGUGCUUCCUUUGCUUGUGCCUCCUCUGCUUGCGCUUUCUCUGCUUUUGCUUCGUCUGCUUGUGCUUCCUUUGCUUGAGCUUCCUCUGCUUUUGCUUCCUCCGCUUGCGCUUCCUCUGCUUGCGCUCCUCUGCUUGUGCUUCCUCUGCUUGUGCUUCCUCUGCUUGCGCUUCCUCUUCUUGCGCUUCCUCUGCUUACGCUUCCUCUACUUGCGCUUCCUCUGCUUGCGCUUCCUUUGCUUACACUUCCUCUGCUUGCGCUCCUCUGCUUGUGCUUUCUCUGCUUGUGCUUCCUCUGCUUGGGCUUCCUUUGCUUGGGAUUCCUCUGCUUGCGCUUCCUCUUCUUGUGCUUCCUCUGCUUGCACUUCCUCUGCUUGCGCUCCUCUGCUUGUGCUUCCUCUGCUUGUGCUUCCUCUCGUUGCGCUUCCUCCGCUUGUGCUUCCUCUGUUUGCACUCCUCUGCUUGUGCUUCCUCUGCUUGUGCUUCGUCUGCUUGCUCUUCCUCUUCUUGUGCUUCCUCUUCUUGUGCUUCCUUUGCUUGUGCUUCCUCUGCUUGCGCUUCCUCUGCUUGUGCUUCCUCUGCUUGCGCUUGCUCUGCUUGUGCUUUCUCUGCUUGUGCUUCCUCUACUUGUGCUUCCUCUGCUUGCGCUUCCUCUCCUUGCGCUUCCUGUGCUUGCACUUCCUCUGCUUGCGCUCCUCUGCUUGUGCUUCCUCUACUUGCGCUUCCUUUGCUUGUGCUUUCUCUGCUUGUGCUUCCUCUACUUGUGCUUCCUCUGCUUGCGCUUCCUCUCCUUGCGCUUCCUGUGCUUGCACUUCCUCUGCUUGCGCUCCUCUGCUUGUGCCUCCUCUGCUUGCGCUUAGUCUGCUUGUGCUUCCUUUGCUUGAGCUUCCUCUGCUUUUGCUUCCUCUGCUUGCGCUUCCUCUGCUUGCGCUCCUCUGCUUGUGCUUCCUCUGCUUGUGCUUCCUCUGCUUGCGCUUCCUCUGCUUGUGCUUCCUCUCCUUACGCUUCCUCCACUUGCGCUUCCUCUACUUGCGCUUCUUCUGCUUACACUUCCUCUGCUUGCGCUCCUCUGCUUGUGCUUCCUCUACUUGUUCUUCCUCUGCUUGCGCAUCCUUUGCUUGUGAUUCCUCUGCUUGCACUUCCUCUACUUGCGCUCCUCUGCUUGUGCUUCCUCUGCUUGUGCUUCCUCUCCUUGCGCUUCCUCUGCUUGCGCUUCCUCUGCUUGCACUCCUCUGCUUGUGCUUCCUCUUCUUGUGCUUCCUCUUCUUGUGCUUCCUUUGCUUGUGCUUCCUCUGCUUGCGCUUCCUCUUCUUGUGCUUCCUCUGCUUGCGCUUCCUCUUCUUGUGCUUUCUUUGCUUGUGCUUCCUCUACUUGUGCUUCCUCUGCUUGCACUUCCUCUCCUUGCGCUUCCCGUGCUUGCACUUCCUCUGCUUGCGCUCCUCUGCUUGUGCUUCCUCUUCUUGUGCUUCCUCUGCUUGA